GUCAGGCUUCGCACCACAAAACAAAGCCAACAAGAAGCCAAGCAAGAAGCAAGCAAGCAGCAAGCGGAGACCAGGAGCAAGACGAAAAGAAGCUCGAACCAGCCAUCAAGUCAUCAUGGGUCGACGCGGCAAAGGGAACAAGGGCAGGAAAGGAGAGCACAAGAAGGGAGAUGCGCACGGUAGCUCUGCUACAGUCGACGACGCUGCUAUCCCCAAUGUCAACGGCACUGCCAGCCAGGCUGGGCAGCAGUUUGUGAAGCAGCCCAAGAGCACCAUGCGUGCAGGCAAUGGCAAAGUGAUGACACCACACAUGGAAUUCAUCGAUGGCCUUGAUGGGCACCAUCGCAUCAACGCCAUGGCACACAAGAAGGAAGGUGAGAGACAGGGAGACGUGGGGCAUGAGGACGAUGACGGGCUUGGGUCUUCUGCAUCCACGCUGACAACGCCCGUGACAAAGGAACACAACAGCCAACAACAGCGGCAACAGCGGCCAGUGGGGCUUGAUUUUGGGCGACGGGUCUCUGCUCCCGCGCUAACCAUCUCCGAGCUGGAGGAAGAGUACACCGAGAUGCACAAUACGCACCACACGACGCGGACGACGCAUGUCGUAAAGACGCCCUUGUCGCCCCAGAGCAGGGAGAAGCUGGUGAAGCUGCAGGAGAUUGUGCGCAGCUUGAAGCUGGAGCUGGAUCGUGUGAGGGACGAGAACCUGGAGCUGCGCGCCAGGAACCAGCAGCUACUCAGGCAACGACAGCAGGAACAGCAGCAACAGCAGCAGCAGCACCUUGUUGAUCCUGUGCGCAACAGUAACGGCUGUUCCUGGACAAGGCUGGCACUGGCUGGGAUGCUGAUGUUGCUGGGAUUGUUUGUGUUGCUGGGCUUGAUGGACGACGAGCACAUCUGCGCUGAUUCAAAGGAUUACCUCACACGCACGGCUGGCGUCUUUGUGCGCACGUACCUGCCCCCACUUCCUGGCCGGCAACCGGUCUCAGACUUUGUCUUUCAAUGAAAGCGACGGGCAACUUUGUGUGUGUGUGUGUGUGUAUGUGUGUGUGUGCAUGUGUGUGUGCGCAUGUGUGUGUGUGUGUGUGUGCAUGUGUGUGUG